AUGCUUUCCGUUGCAGCACCACUACGUAGUGCUUUUAUUCCUGAAAAUGCUUAUUGGAUACAAAAUGGUGUUCCUGUCGCUGGUGGCAAUGGUGAUGGUCAUUGGCUCAAUCAACUCAAAAGUCCAUUAAAUGCGUUUAUUGAUAGAAAUCGAACCAUGUAUAUUGCCGACUACGGAAAUCAUCGUGUCAUUGAAUGGAAGCUAGAUUCAUUAACUGGUCGAAUCGUUGCCGGUGGAAAUGGACAAGGAAAUAGAAAUGAUCAGUUAAGUCGUCCGACAGACGUAAUUUUAGAUAGUAAAACAGAUAGUUUGAUAAUUUGUGAUUUCGAAAAUAAACGAAUACUGCAAUUAUCACGUGCGAAAGAUACAAUACCAGAAGUCAUGAUUUCUAAUGUCAGCUGCUAUGGUUUAACAAUGGAUGAAGAAGGUUUUCUCUACUUCGCUCAUUAUGAUGAUUGUUCGAUUGGACGUUUGAAGAUCGGAGACAAGCAUUGGAGAAUUGUAGCAGGUGGAAAUGGAAAAGGUGAUGGUCUUCAUCAACUAAAUGGCCCUACACAUAUGUUUGUUACUAAAAAUGGUUCUGUCUAUGUAUCAGAUUAUGGGAAUAAUCGUAUAGUCAAGUGGAUGAAAGGUAGAAAAGAAGGUAUUAUUGUAGCUGGUGGUCAAGGAGAAGGUAAUGGUCUUAAUCAAUUAUAUCGUCCUCAUCAAGUAAUCAUCGAUCAGUUGGAUACUAUGUAUAUAGCAGACUACGGUAAUCAUCGAAUUAUGCGGUGGGUUAAAGGAGCUACGCAAGGAACAGUUAUCAUUGGUGGACGAGGUCCUGGUGAACAAUCCAAUCAAGUCAGCAAUCCCACUGGGAUAUUGUUUGAUCAAAAGGGAAAUAUUUAUGCGAUUGAAUAUUCAGGUCAUCGAGUGAUACGAUUUAGAAUGGAUUUAAAUGUAUAUUGA